AUGCAUUCCAAGGCCAUCGUUCUUUCUCUUCUUGCCGCUUCCGGCGCACUUGCUGCUCCUCACAGCCGUCGUUACUAUGACGACAAGGUCGCCGUCGCCCUCAGCGAUGGAGGUGAAACUGGCGCCCAGGUGACCCCCCUCGAAUCCACUGUCAGAGACAUGGCGACCCCAGCCAUCAGUGGCCCCUUCAAUUCGAUCGAGAUCCGCCUCGGGGAGGAUGUCCAGAACAAGGAGCUUCGUUGCCAGGCGCUUGACAACUACGGCAACCCUAUCGUGGCCACACGCGGCGCAAACAUCGACACCACCUUCUCUGACGCCGACAAGGGGGCCUGGACCUUCCGCGAAGCCAGCUAUGUCAGCGAGGUCGUUUGCGACCCUGCCUUCGUGAAGAUCGACCCCGCCUCUGAUGAGCUCAACUUGCGUGUCAUUCUUGAAAGCCAAUCCACCGAGACUGGCUCGCAGACAGCCCUCCCGGCUGGAUACCGCGCCGAGUCGGCUCCUGUCGCCACCAGCGGUCCCUUCGAAACCGUCGAGCUCUCAGUCGGGUCGUUGGUCGAGGAUCAGGCUUACCGCUGCCAAAUCCUCGAUCUCUAUGGUAACCCCCUGAUCGUCCUCAGAGGCGAGAACAGAGACAUCACCUUCUCCGACGCCGACAAGGGCGCUUGGACCCUGGAGACCCCCAGUGAGGUCGGCGAGAUCGUUUGUGAUCCUACCUUUGUUGCUCAAAAGUUGUAA